AGCGAGGCCAGGACUCCCCCUCCCCCUCCCCCUCCCCAAUAGAAAGAACCUCAUGACGAUGUCCGCCUUUGGCUGUCGGGAUUAUUUCGCUGCCGAGUGCCUGAUGUCCAUCUCCAGUGGGGCGGUGGUUCACGGCCCCUCCGCCGCGGGGGGAGAGGAAAGUUCGCGGACAAGUUACAGCGAAGACAAAGAGGUGAGCGAGGCGCUGCGGCCCGCGGGCCGCCUUCUGGCCCCCGCCAACAGCGACCUCCAGCCCUGGACCCCCGUCUCCUCGCACUGCGAGAGCAGCAACUCGUCCUCGGGGGAGAGUGGUUACAGCACAGUGUGUGAGGGGGCGCCCAGCCCGGGGCCAGACCCCGACCCCAACACCAGCCCCAACACCAGCACCAGCCCGGGGCCAGACCCCGACCCCAACCCCAACACCAGCCCCAGCCCGGGACCAGACCCCAACACCAGCCCCAGCACCAGCCCGGGCACCAGCACCAGCCCCAGCACCAGCCCGGGGCCAGACCCCGACCCCAACACCAGCCCCAACACCAACUCCAAACCCAACUCCAAACCCAACUCCGGCGGCAGCCCCGACAGGAGGAGACACCGACGGGAUGACAGGUGGCCGCCCAAACGCCAUCGCUGUUACUACAGCGGCUGUGACAAGGUUUACGGCAAAUCCUCCCAUCUCAAGGCUCAUGUGAGGACUCACACAGGUGAGCGGCCGUUCCCGUGCACUUGGGCCCUCUGCCUGAAGAAGUUUGCCCGCUCGGACGAAUUGGCUCGUCACUACCGGACACACACUGGGGAGAAAAGGUUUCGGUGCCCCAUGUGCGACAAGAGGUUCAUGCGGAGCGACCACCUGAUGAAGCACGCCCGCAGACACCCGGACUUCACUCCCGGCAUGAUCACAGCGGGCAAGGCUGGCCUUGGGGGCACGUCCCUCUCUCUGGCCUCUCCCCCCUCCGGCCUCCGCUCCUCUCCCAGCCUCAGAAUUCCGUCCCCCAUCAGCCUCCGAUCAGCUUCCAGCCCAGGCGGCUGCAUGUUCCACUAAGACUUCAAACAAAACACAUCCUGGAGCAGAGACUGUCACACCCUGAGCUGUGCUCCAGCCCCUGCCUGUCCUUGUGGAGGGUUGGGUUGGGCUGGUGGUGUUUGUGGCUGAGCGGGUGGGAGGUGUGGGUUGUGGGGGGGCUUACGGUUGCUCAGUUUGGGGUGUUUUGCACACGGUGACUGUGGAUGUUGACGGGGGAGAUCGACAAACCGAGCAGUUUGUCCGUGGUUACCUGUCUCGUCGGACCCCGAUUCCCAUUUGUUAUUGAUUUUUUUUUCUGGAUUUUUUAAACUUAACUUAUUGGGAGUCAUUUCGGACGGGUUUUCGGAGCUUGGACGCGCAUUGGAUUUUGGAAGAGUGCGUGUCUGUGAGUGCGCGCAUUUUGUCUGCAUGUUUGUGUGCGCGCGCCUGUGUGCCUGCCUGUGUGAGUGUUGGGGUGGGGUGGGGUGGUGGUGAUAGGGGGAAAAGAGAGGAGGAAACGCAUGUUUUUAAUGUAGUGAUUAAACUUACACUAACUCCUAUUUUACUAAAAUAUAUUUCUUAUUGUGUUGGUGUAACACGUCUCAGAACCCACCCCCGCUGCCCGAAUUCAGUGGGGAGUUUUGUAAUUGUCUCUAACUGUCCAGUCGCUGUGGAGUGGGCUUGGCUGUCUAUGUACCUCACUGUGUGUUGCUUUAAGAUGUGUAAAUCGGGUAAUCGUACAUUUUGCACUAGGCUGAUGUAAAGCUUUGGAGUUGAGCGAUUGAGCAGGACAGUCAUUCCUUCUAUUUAUUUUGAUGAGCGAGGAAGGGCAGUGUGUGUGUGUGUUGCAUUAAAUUGAUGUGCAGGACAAUGAUGGUCAUUAAUCUAUGGGGGCUGUGUGUGGUGGGGGUGGGGGGAACAGGCAUAACUAUGGGGGAGGCUUGUCCCUCACUCUUCUCUCCCCCCACUCCCGGCUGAUUGACGCUGAUUUGCGGUGUGCGAUUGCAAAGACACAGUCUCCGCUCGCAGUUUUACCCUAUUUUCUAGGCGUUGCGGGUGAGGUGAGAGAGAGAGCGACGAUCUGCUUUACGUUCGAUGUAUUUAAAAAAAUAUCAUGUCAGGAUGAUACCAUUUCCAGUUUUUAACCCAUUACCGUUAUCCAUGGCUGCGGGCGGCUCUUUCAUUUCAUUGCAGCAUAAUAAUGAACAAAUCUCAUACACAGACCAGUCGCAGAGGGAAUGUUAACACAGCUGAUGUAAGGUCUGGGGCUGGGUUACUGAUGGUAUCAUUUGUUAAGAACUUCAAAUAUUUUUUAAAUUAUUAGAGUUAGCUCCCAAAUUAAGCCCAGAGUUGGGGGAAUUUUUUUCCCCCCACAUUUGUGUCAUUGGGCUGAGGGGGGGGGGCAGUUGGAGGUUCGAACCUCAAGGGGGGUCUUUGUAUAUUUGAUUUUUACAGCGUUACGGCAAUUCCAGUUAAAUUAUUUGAGUAUCGCACAAUUAGACCAAGUUUCUUCAGGAAUUCAUAGUAAAUGUGCCUACAUAACCCUGUUCCUGAAUCUCCCAGUCUGUGGUCUGUCUGUGUAUUUGGUAUCCAGUUAGCAGUUGGGAUGGCUGGAACCUACUGUGUUCUUUUCACUUUUUUUUAAUAUAAAAAUAAACAGUAAUUUUAUGGAUAUUGUAUUUUAUAAAAAAAUCUGGUGGUCAGUUAUAUUAUUAGUACACGUGCUACCAAAUUGCAGUAAAGACUAUGAAAUGUUAUAGAAAGAUUAUUGUGCGCGAGUGUGUGUGUGUGUGUGUGUAACUUUGCACGAUUGACUGAUUUUUGUACACAGUAAAUAAACUUGUCAAUUGAAGUGUG